CUUUCUUCUCCGUAUGAGAAGCUAACAGAACGGAUAGUGUAUAGCUCAGCAGGCUUGCUUUGACUUCUCCGUGCUUCUCUGAAACUAAACCCUAAUUUCUUUCUUGGUCCAAACAUUGAAGUCCAGGGAUUUAGUGGGUAACUCGCGGUGUUUCUUCUAGUGGCCUGAAAGACUAGUCAUCUUGAUUGGGGGAGUUAAUAGUUUUUGCAAUUUUUUCUCCUUAAUUGUUAGCUCUACAAACUUCAGACAAUUUCACAGUUACAAGGAGUUGUCUUGAUUUAAUAGAGGGGUUUCUUUGGUAUCCCAAAUUGUGGCUCAUAAAUUAGGGUUUUAGUUCUGCGAGAGUGAGCCUUCGGCUAAUGGAACCGUCCGAUAAGAGGUCUGCAGACCUUGUUAGCAAACUGAAAUCGAGAGACCUUUGGGUGCCAGAUGAAAUGUGUAGGGUACGUUAUGAAUGUGAUUCACAGUUCACUGUGUUCAAUCGUAGGCACCACUGUCGUCUAUGUGGUCGUGUAUUUUGUGCCAAGUGCACUUCAAAUUCCAUCCCUGUUUCAUUUGAUUAUACAAAGAAUUGGGGGAGCAGGGGACAAAGUUCGUGUUUGCAACUAUUGCUUUAAGCAAUGGAAGCUAGAUCUUGCAGCAUCAGAAAGUGUAAAUUUAUCUGGGGUAGAUCUUAGGCCUUCUCCUUCAAACACUGGUAAUAGCAGUGCAAAGAAUGCUGGGUCCAUGCACAGAAGGGAUGGUGAUGAUGGUGAGUGCGGCCGAUCAAAUAAUGUUUAUCGAGGAUUCAAUAUUUCUUUUUAUGAUGAUAAGAUGAGAAGUUUGGACAUAGGGCCUGUAGAUCUUGAAAAUUAUCAACAACUUUGGUUUCCUCCUGAGCCUCAAGAUGAGAGAGAAGAUACUCUUUUUGAUAAUGGUGAUGAUGAGGAUGCUACAGGGAAAAACAGGACCAGAGAUCUGCCUGGUGAAGAGCACAAGAAGGCAAUCAAACAUGUAGUGGAUGGGCACUUAAGGUCUUUGAUAGCUCAGCAUAUUCAGGAGGAAAAUUUAACCACAGGUGAAGAAAAUAAUAAAGAUAGCUGGCUUGAAAUAAUCACAUCUUUGUCUUGGGAAGCAGCAACUCUUCUUAAACCAGAUACUGGUGAAGGAGGAGGAAUGUAUCCUGGAGUUGUGAAGGUUAAAUGCAUAGCCUCUGGUCGUCGUUGCGAAAGCAAGGUGGCUAAAGGAAUUGUUUGCAAGAAAAAUGUUUCUCAUCAUCACAUGUCAUUGAAAAUUGAGAAACCUCGUAUCGUAAUCCUUGGAGGAGCUUUUGAGUAUCAGCACGAGCUGUCAAGUUUCUAUACAUUCUCCCAGGAAGAGGAUUGUUUGAAGAUGGCGGUUGAGAAAAUAGAUGCUGACCACCCCAAUGUGUUACUGGUAGAGAAAUCAGUACCUCGUUCUGCACAAGAAUACCUCCUCGUAAAAGACAUUUCAUUUGUUAUGAAUAUUAGAAGGCCAACUUUAGAGCAUAUAGCCGUCUGCACUGGUGCUCAAAUAGUUCCUUCAAUUGACCAUCUUUCAUCUCAAAGUCUGGGGUACUGUGAUUUGUUUCACGUGGAGAAGUAUGUUGAAGAGCAUGAGAGGGCUGGUCAGGAUGAGAAGAAACUGAUAAAGACACUGAUGUUUUUUGAAGGGUGCCCGAAGCCACUGGGUUGUACUAUAUUGCUCAAGGGUGGUAGGCUCAAUGAGCUGAAGAAAGUUAAAGAUGUUGUCCAAUAUGGAGUCUUUGCAGCUUAUCACUUGGCUCUGGAAGCAUCUUUCCUUGAAGAUCAAGAAGCUUCUCUACCUGAACGUCCAUUGAAACUCACAGUGGAUCAGAGUGAACAAGCUUCCUAUGAACAGCAAAUUGAAGAAACUUCUGAGUGCAUAAAGCAAGGAGACAGAUGCGAGGCUGAUGAUAUACAAGCAUACAAAAAGCAAGUUGGUUCCUCCGGUGUGGAGAUCUCACAUCAAGAAACCUGCGAAAGAGACGGCCAAGAAUUAUCAAAGGAAGAAUUUUCCAAUUAUGGUGGUGAAAGCAUUAUUGUGCUCAAGUCUUUAAGAUGUAUUCGGAAAGGAACUGUUUGUGAGCAUCCACAUCAUUUUCGCAUCAAUUAUUAUGGCGCAUUUGACAAGCCACUUGGAAGAUUUUUACGGGACAAUUUAUUUGAUGAGUCCAUUGAUGUAAUCAGUUAUUCUCUACUUGUGGGGGUAGACGAAGACAAACAUGAACUAGUAGUCGGCAUCAUUGACUUUUUGCGACAGUAUACCUGGGACAAACAGCUAGAGACAUGGUUCAAAGCUUCAACUAUUUUUGGAGGAGAUGAAUCCCUAACACCAAAACAAUACAAAAAGCGCUUUAGGAAAGCUUUGUCUUCCUAUUUUCUUGGUCUUCCAGAUUAGUGAACAUGUUUGGCACCUUCAACCACUCUACCUACCGAGCAUGACUGAAUUUUUUAAGUUGUAAGUCUGAAAUCAUCUGCAUUUUGCUAUGGGUUUCUUUACAUUUUUUAAAAAACUUUAAAUUUAUAGUUUUUUGGUUUUGCCUCAUUUAUAUUAAUUUUAUUGCAUUUGUGAAUUAUGUAGGUCAUGGUUGAGACCAUGGGAUUUUUAAUGGGCCAUAAUAUUUGAUGUACUUG